AUGCAACGACAUACAGCCUUCCUCAGCUUCCGCUCAGGCGUGGCGCUCGCAGUAGGCGAGGCCAGAAACCGCCCAAGCAUUGUCUGCAAAUCCACCUUCCGGGUUCGUGGAGAGCGCUGCGCUCUACGGAUCCCCUGCACACCGGUUGAGAUGCAGCACAUCUCGAGCAUCUGCGGGUGGCCAAUGGACGGCCAAUGGACGGUCGAUGAGGAUGCAGGCAAGUUGCCGCGGCAGCUCCAGCCAGAAGCCACGUCCGAGCGUGAGACAAAAGCCUCAACGGCUGGACCCUGGCGCCCUCUCAGCUCCUCUCAGCUUUCGUCACGCCCUUUCGCCUGGCCCUGGCCUGGACUCGCUGGUCCAUUGGACUAUAGGCGGCCAGCAAGGACGGAUCUCGCAAAGGCAUGGGGCCCUGGGAUUCGGACCAUGGCCGACUCCCUCGUGUUCGCCUCCAAUGCGCAAUGCAGCAGCAGCAGCAGCAGCAGCAGUAGCAGCAUGAGUUUCCGAGCAUUUGCCUUUGCCUCCACCCCCAAAAGGACGACAAUGCUGAGGCCCAGGCCGCCCCCAAACUUGUGUCACCCAUCCUCUUGCUUUGGCUUACAGGUACAAGCUGCUAAAGAUGGGUAA